GUUUCCCGUCAAUUUCCCCCCUAAACCAUGUAUCACGUUGUUUUCGAAAUUACCACCUUUAAACAUUGACACAACCAACAACGCCUGCAACACCGCAACCCCCGAAUAUUUGCGAGAGAUGGCCGAUCGUACGUACUACUUGGGCGACCUCGAGUCCGAGGCAGCAUUCGGCGACGGCCAUCAUCUCCUCCACAGCUCCCGGAGAAAGCAAAUGGACGGGGCAGAACCGUUCGAGAUCGACGAGUAUGAAGAGUUCCAAGAGCCAUUGCCUUGGCGUCGCCGAUCUGGACCCGGCCAUCUAGUUUCAUGGGUAUUAUGUCGUGCCAAGAAGUCGCAAUUUCGAACCAAGCUACGGAAUCGUAUUUGUUUCCUGAUCGUAUUCUAUCUCUGCCUCGUUGGCCUGGUCGACGUUCUUGCCAGCAUUUCGCAAAAUUACUUUCCAGAUGAUAUGGACAAGAUCCUUCAUCAGUGGCUUUCCGCACCCGCUGCGACAAUAGGCGUCGGGCACUGGAUCUUCGACGCAACACAGCAUGUGUAUCCUGUGCGCUGCCAUUCCCACAACGAUUACUGGAGAACCGUGCCACUGAUGGACGCCAUUUCUGCCGGCUGUCCGAGCGUGGAGGCCGAUGUGUGGUACCAAGAUGAUGACCUGUACGUGGGACAUCGUGAGUUUGAGCUACGCGCAAACCGUACGCUUCGGAGCUUGUACAUCGAUCCGCUCAUCGAUAUCAUCGAGCGCCAAAAUAACUUGCCCCCAUGCGAUACCGGAAAGCCUUGCGACUCUCGUUGGUUGACUGAUGAGCACCUCGCUGGAGUCUUCAGUGCCGAACCGGACCACCCGCUGGUCCUGGCCAUCGACUUCAAAACUCCAGGUGAGCCGCUGUGGCAAGGGCUUCAAGCGCAACUCAAGCCGCUGCGGGACCGGAAUAUGCUCACCUACUUCAAUGGCACUGCCAUCAUUCCUGGUCCCGUUGUUAUUAUCGGCACAGGCAACGCGCCUUUCGAAAACCUCACUGCGAGCAGCACCUACCGUGACGUCUUUUUUGACGCGCCGUUGGAGCUGCUGGCCGACAUGUCCGCCAGAUGGCCAAAUCCGAAUCGAGCCGAGGAUGGAGCUCGUGCGACGGAUAUUGAAGUCAUCGAUGGAGCGUCACAGAGUAGCGAUUCGGAAAUCCAGGAGGCACAUGCCUUUAACACGGAGACAUCGCACAUCUAUAACUCCUCAAAUAGCUACUACGCCUCAGCCAGCUUCAAACAUGCGGUUGGACACGUAUUUGGAUCACGGCUGUCGCAGGAGCAGCUUCAGCUCAUUCGGGCUCAGGUCCGAGGCGCCCAUCGCCUGGGUCUGAAGGCCAGGUAUUGGGGCGUGCCUGCGUGGCCUAUUGGGUUGCGAAAUCACAUUUGGCAUAUUUUGAUUAGAGAGGGUGUAGAUGUGCUCAGCGUGGACGACCUGCGGCAGGCAACUACUUGGGACUGGAGAAGGAAGAAGGGGCUAUUGUUUUAAUUUGCUUCAAAUAUGUGUAAUGAAAAAGCGUUGUUUCUCUCGAUCUAUCUGCUGCCACUCUCGUGAAUCAGUCCGGCUCCUGAUUCGAGCAGCACUUGCCGCGUUAUCUGGAUCUCUUGGCCGCGUUGGCAUUCGUCUGUUUCGGCUUUGUUAAUGGCAUGGAGCUGCGCGCGCGCAGCCCGAUAUGUUGUAUAUUCAGAUUGGUGGUAAACUACUGCCAUUAUUAUUCAGCCUUAAACCGGCCAUCUCUAGCUAAUUUCUACGUGGGCUUCUACUUUAC